AUGGCGGGGUGCCAGUUAGCAGCCUGGCAUGAAGAAUCCACACUCUGGGCCGGCAAGACUCUGAGGCAGACGGAGGUGGAGCGGCAGCUGGUGGUGUCCGAGUGCGAGGGGCUGUGCCAGCUCCUGGCUGAACGCGAGCAGGUCCUGCUGGCCCGGCUGGGAGAGCUGGACACGGAGAUUGUGAGGAGGAGGGAGGAAAACGCCGCUCACCUGUGUGAGGAGACUGCCCGCCUGAGCACCCUGAUCACAGAACUGGAGGGGAAGUGUCAGCAGCCGGCGCCUGAGCUCCUGCAGGGUCUCAGAAGCGCUGUGAGCAGGGGUGAGGAGGUGAUGCCUCUACAUCUAGUCCCCGAGUUCCCUGAGCUGGAGAAGAGACUCUGGGAUUUCCCUGGAGAGAACAAGCUGCAGGAGGCUCUGAUGGGAUUCCUGGGAUUCAGAAGAGCCCACAUACAUGCAGAAAUGAACCUGAGCCUGGCAAGACAGCGCACCAUGGUGACAUACCCUGGGGACCUCCUUGGGUGCUCCUGA